UUGAAAUUAUCGAAGAACUGUCGACUUUUGUGUAGAUGUAUAUGGUUCCAAAGACGGCAAAAUAAUCAACUUAUUUCUGUCAUGAACAUUCACGGAAUUCGGUUAUUCUACCUGCUGCUGCUGUGUACGCAGACUACCACUUGUAGUGAUGACACUACCAUGACAUCCAGUGCAAUGACAUCCCGUGCAAAUUUCAGGUUGGCAGCUUCAGAUUUCGGGUUGGUUGGCCACGUAAUUCGCCGAUAUGAUGCAAGGAAUGCUUUGGAAUGUGCUCAAAUUUGCUUGGCUGAGCACCCUGCUUGCAAAUCGAUAAAUUUCAACAAGGGGAAAAAGUCAUAUGAUGUUGACAUGAAUUGUGAGCUAAACAACGCUACAAAGUCAGAAAAUCCUGAAAAACUUCAAGAAAUGAAAAACGUUAAUUAUUAUGAAGCAGUCACUUUGAAGGAAGCGGCUGAUAAUCCUGAGGUAAAUCCCAAACCUUCAACGACACAAGAAACAGUGGUUGAAACGCUUUUACAGUCUUGCAAAGGAAUCCUGGAGAAAAAUGUAUCAUCACCGAGCGGUAUUUAUUCACUGCAAAAUAUGAACGGAUCUUCGUACAGAGUUUACUGUCACAUGGAAGAAAUAUCUGAAUGCGGAGCAGGAGGUUGGACACUAGUUAUGAAAGUGAAUGGCGAAAAGAACACAUUUCAUUACAACUCGCCUUACUGGGGUGAUAAGAAAGUUUUUAACGAAGACGAUGGACUCGAGGGAAUGUCAAAAAAAGAAGCAAAACUCCCUUCAUACUGGAACACGCCAUUCACGAAGAUAUGCCUUGGUAUGAAGGACAAGAGCCACAGUGUAAAAUGGAUUGUGGUUGAACACACAGCAAAGUCGCUUUUCAAACUGGUCGCAAAUGGAGAAUUUACCGAAACAAAAGUGGGGAAAAAUCAAUGGAAAUCACUCAUCACUGACUCGGAAUUACAGAACAACUGUAACAAAGAGGGGUUCAACAUUGACGGAGGACAGCAGACGUAUUUGCGUAUAGGGCUGGUGGCUAACAAUAACAACGACUGUAAGUCGUGCAACUCUUGCAUUGGUUUUGGUGCUUCAGUACGUGGAUGCGAUGGCAAGAUAGAAGAUAUGGCAUGUGGCACUUUAUACAGGUGCGCUGGUUACUAUAUCAAUAAACCAGUGUUUGGAUAUAUACUUGUGCACUAGCAUCGCAAUUUUAGGAAAUUCAUUCAAGUUGAUGAGUACUUCGUUGUAACGUAUUUAAUUUGGGUGCAAGAACCAAAUUAGAAAUAUUGCCUGUGGUAAUAUUUAUGACUGUGGGCAAACUUACAUGAGUACCCCAGUUUCCGGAUACAUAUAUGUGCAGUAGCAUCAUAGUUGAAUUGAGCAUGUUUGAUACAGUGGCGGAAAUAUAGGGGUAGUCAGAAUAAAAAAAAGUUAUUUUGAAAUCCAUAGCGAAUAGCGUUGUUUAAGUUUAGCUGUGUAUUUUAUUCUAACAAAUCUAACAUAGAUCCGCCACUGGUUUAAUAGAAAC